AUGACUGAAGGAAGCGAGGAUGUGAAACUAGUGGCAGAUCUUAAUGCCAAAUUAAAACUGCUUAAAUUUACACGAGACAAAACUGGCUCAAUUACGACUGGUUCCAUUAUUACUGCUAUGGAACGUCACCUUAAAGCGUUGAACACUGUGCUAGACGAUGUAGAUGGACUGCGAAGAAAUGUUGAACAGUCCAAAUUCGAAAGGGGCGAAGAACCGGAGGCGGUUGCAGAAUGGGGCGCAGAAUUGGACGGGGAGAUUGGGAAAACAGACGAAGCCAUAACUGCACUCAAGAAUGCCAUCACUGAGGUAAGAUCCAACCAAAUAGGUAGAGAAAGAGAGAAAGAGCAUGCGUUAAAAGAAAAGGAACGCGAAGAACAAUUAUUGUUUGAAAAGCGCAAGUUUGAACUCAAAUUAGAAUACGAACAAAAACUUGAUGAAACGCGGAAAUCUCAAGGACAAGGUCACGCUCAAGAAUCGAAACCGCUAAAAACUCGUGUUAAUUCUAAACUUCCAGAGCUAAAAAUCACGAAAUUUAACGGGAGUGCGAGUAACUGGCUCACAUUUUGGAACAAGUUUGAAGCGGAGAUUGAUAAGUCCGACCUUGCGCCAACCACAAAAUUUGC